CUUCUCUGUUACGUUUGUUUUUGUACGAAAAGUAAAAAUGUUUUGAAAUUGAAAUUUGAAAAGAGUUCCAAGUUUUUUUUUUCAAAAUCUUACGAGUCUAGUCAGUUGGUGUUGAAAACUCGCGGCGGUUAGAUCAAAAUUCUACUACUCUAACUAACGAGUACGAAUAAAUAAAUAAUUUUUUUAGUUAAAAAAAUAAUUUUGAAAUAAAUAAACGACUCGUUUUAAAUGAUCUAAAACAUAAAUAUCUAAAAGAAAACAUACAUAUCUGUAUAUGUAGAUAAAUAGAUAUAAAAAACAACAACGACAACAACAACAAUAGCAGCGACUUCAGCAACAACUUUAUCUAACAACAACCACCAGCAGAAACACUAAAAAAAGUAACAACCAAAAACGAGGUUCCUUUUUUUUAAACAAAAAAUUCAAGACAAAAAAAAUAAUGACGAAUUUUAAUUAAUUAAUUAAUUUAAUCAUAGAAAAUUGUGUUCAAACCUAAUAAAUUAAGAAAACGAAAAUUCAUUACAAUUAAAAUAUUUGUUAAAAAAUAAGUGCGAGAAAAAAAGUCAUCAUAAUAAGUAUAACCACAACCACAUCACAAUGAAGUUGAAAAAAGUUUCAGCACCACCGAGACAACAACGCUCAUUACACAUGCGCCAAAACAACAAUUAUUACAUCACAAAAACUACCUCCGGCUGGAUGAUCAUGUUACUCAUAUGCUGCCUCAGCCUACGGAGUCCUUUGGCGUCGGCCUACAACAUCGAUAUACCUAGCUAUACGAAACAUCAGCGUCUGGAGUCGAAUACCAUGUUUGGUUUCAGCAUUGCCUUGCACAAGGGUCGCAGUGGCCCUCACACCAAUUCUUUGGUGGUCGGUGCCCCUAAAUUUGAUACCUCCUCAUAUCAAGAAGGUGUUAUAGAAGCCGGUGCCGUAUUCAAUUGCGGAAUGAAUGAUGGUGAUUGUAAUUUAGUGAAAUUUGAUUCGUCAAGCAAUAAUCGUAAUACACAUGGCGAUGUGAUUGAUCGCAAGUCAUAUCAAUGGUUGGGUGCAACAGUGGCUACAAGUCGUGAUAACGAUUUAGUGGUGGCAUGUGCUCCACGUUAUGUUUUCCAUACAAUAACACCGAAAAAGAAUUUACGCUGGGAUCCCAUUGGUACGUGUUUUACCACAAGAAACUUUACGCAUUUCAAUGAGGUCUCACCAUGUCGUACAAACAACUGGGGUUAUCAUCGUCAGGGUUAUUGCCAGGCUGGUUUCAGUGCCGCUGCUAGUGGUGAAGGUGAUCGUUUAUAUGUUGGUGCUCCUGGUAGCUGGUAUUGGCAAGGACAAGCCUACUCAGUAUCGCCAGAUGCAACAUUCCCCUAUAAGCCGCCAUUUUAUCAGCCUUUCGGUACCGGAGGUCAAACUUAUUCGUAUGAUGUUACCAGACCCGAAAAUCAAGUGUAUUCCACAGCCGAAAGUAGUUCGGCUGAUGAUGAUUCCUACUUAGGUUACUCUAUGAUCACUGGUGACUUUAAUGGUGAUCGUUCAGAAGAUAUUGCCAUUGGCAUGCCCAGAGGUGCUGGUUUGUUGGGCAAGAUUGUGGUGAAUAAAUGGAAUAUGGUGAAUAUAUUUAAUAUAACGGGUCGCCAGAUUGGUGAAUACUUUGGUUAUGCCAUGACAACUUCGGAUGUGGAUGGUGAUGGGUUGGAUGAUUUGAUCAUUGGUGCUCCCAUGUACAGUGAGCCCGGCAAUGCCGAGGGCAAAUAUGAUGUGGGUCGUGUUUAUAUUCUCUUGCAGUCCAGCACAAAUGAUGCCACCCGUUGGUCUACUGAGCAUAUCCGUGAUGGCUUUAAUACCAAGGGACGUUUUGGUUUGUCCUUGACCACUUUGGGUGAUAUUAAUCGUGAUGGUUAUGGUGAUUUUGCCGUUGGUGCUCCCUAUGAUGGUCCCUUUGGUCGUGGUGUUGUCUACAUUUUCCAUGGCUCUGCCAAUGGUCCUUUGGCAAAACCUUCCCAGAUCAUCAAGUCCGAAGAUAUUGUGGAGGGUGCUCCUUAUCCUCGUACCUUUGGUUUCGCAUUGUCUGGUGGUUUGGAUAUGGACGGUAACACUUAUCCCGAUUUGGCGGUAGGUGCUUAUGCCUCUGAUCAAGUGUUCAUUUUCAAAUCCCGCCCUGUGGCUGCUGUAAAUGCCAUGACUUCGUUUGCCAGUCCCUCCAAACUCAUCAAUAUCGAGGAGAAACAUUGCCAGACAGUGCGUGAUGGCAAACGUGUAGCUUGUACCGAUAUUACCACAUGUUGGAGUUAUACGGGCGAGUAUUUGCCCAAUGUUUUGGAAUUUGAUGUUUCCUGGGUAUUGGAUGCCAAGAAACCCAAAAAUCCUCGCAUGUUCUUCCUGUUGGAUGAGGGCCGCAAUAUACGUAAUCUUACCAUAACUUUGGCUGCUGGCAAGAAUUUCUGUCGCAAUGAGACCGUAUAUCUCAUUGAUAAUGUCCAGGAUAAGCUGACUCCAUUGGAGGUGGAGACACGUUACAAUUUACGUUCUAGCCGGAGACCAGCACCGUUGGUGAGACGUAAACGUGAUGCUUUGGAACCGGUUAUAGAUCAAAAUCGUGAAAUUGUUCAAAGGGAUGCCAUUAAUAUACAAAAGAACUGUGGUGCUGAUAAUAUUUGUGAACCUGAUCUUAGAUUAGAAAUUAAGACCAUUGACAAAUAUCUUUUGGGCUCUCGCGAACCUUUAUCCAUAGAGGUUUUGAUUUCCAACAUGAACGAAGAUGCUUUUGAGGCUGCUUUUUACAUGGUCAUGCCUAAGGAUUUGGACUUUAAGAAAAUCCAACAGAUUGGUGAUAAAACCGAUACUCCCAUUACCUGUACCGCUCCUUCGGAGGCCAACAAUUAUACUUUGAAAUGUGAUAUCGGCAAUCCUUUGCAGUCCAAGAAAGUUGCCAACUUUAAGGUGAUUAUGUUGCCUUCCCACAAAGUAGGCAUGGCUCCUAGUUAUGAUUUCUUUAUGGAAGCCAACUCUACAAAUAUUGAGAAACAUGGAUCUCAUUUCGACAAUAUUAUACGCAAAAGUAUUAGCAUUUGGGUGGAGACUGAUUUGGCUAUUGAUGGUACUUCAUUGCCCGACUUUGCUUUGUACAAGGCUUCCGAUUACCAGCCCAUUGAAAAUGCCACCAAAGAAGAGGAUUUGGGUCCCCAAGUAGUGCAUUUGUAUAAUAUCUUCAACAAGGGUCCUUCCACUAUCGAUGAGGCCAUAGUAUUUAUACAUUAUCCCUAUCAGACAGCCGCCGGUGAUUACCUCAUGUAUAUGACCAAUCAACCCGAAACCCAUGGCAAUAUCCAAUGUGAUCCUCAUGUUAAUGUCAAUGCUUUGAAUUUGCAAUUGGAUCAAAAUCUUGUACGCAAAUCCUAUUUAGAGGAAAGAGGUGCUAUCAUUAGGAGCCAUGGUGUUUAUGAAAGUGCCAGCUCUAGUUCAAGUAGUUCAGGUGGUCAUAGUAGUGGAGUGUAUAUUGAAAAGUCACAUGGUCAGAAUCAGGGUGGUGCCAAUGUGGUGUCCAUAGGCAGAGGCACUCAGUUGAGUAACGAAGAAAAGAUACGUUUGGAGAAGGAAGAUGAACAGGCUGCCUCUGGUGAUGCUUCAUUUGUGCACUCGCAACGUGCCAAUGCUGCAGCUCAGGGCAAUAUGCAGGGAGGUGGUACCGGUGGCAGUUGGGCUUAUUCCUGGAACUCCACCAGUACCGGUGGUGGACCUUCAGUAGUAGUACAAACUAAAAAUAGCUCUGUGUACUAUGACGAACAUGGUCAGCCUCAUGUGGUGGAAAGUAGUACCGAAUAUGUUACCAGUCUUGACAGUGUACCCAGAACCUUCCACCAUGCACAGCAAUCAUCGGCUAAUUAUCAACAAGCUGGUGUAGCCGGUGCUGGUCAACAGCAAAAAUUCCAACAAGGCCAAGGUCAGCAACAAGCUGAAAUGGGUGCUCACAAUGCCAGAGGCCACAUACAGAUGGCUGGUCCACAGGGCUCUACACAAUAUCAAAGAACUUAUGUUAAUUCCGGAACUCCCCAAAGAACACAAUAUUCGUCAUCUUCUUCGACAGGUGGAGCUUACAGACCACAACAGCAACAAUCACCUAACCAACGUGUAGGCAGUGCUGCUACCUACAAUGAUUUUGCAGCCGGCGAGGGAACUUUUGAAAAGGCUGCCGUCGGAGGUCGUGGUUUCCAAGCUGGCACCUUAGAUUUGGGUAACCUGAACCGUGGCAAUGUCGAGCAGGAAUUACGUACCCACAGCGGACAGCCUCAAGCAGGCAGCUACAACUAUCAUCAAACCUAUUCCAGCGGUACACCACAAACCAAUGCCAACUACCAUCAAGUUUCUUCCUCCAACUAUGGUGGCAACAAACCCUAUUAUGGCUUCGAAAACGAAGAUUACUAUGACGAAGACUACAAUGGCCCGUCAGCGGGCGGACAACAAGGCGCCUCAAGAUCUCACUCCUCUUCGUCUUCCCAACCCCAUAGAAGAGUGCGUCGUGAAGAAUCCGAAGUCGCCGAACCAACACAAAUCGAUAUGAAUUCACCUUGCAAGGCUGCCAAAUGUGAAACGCUACGUUGUGUGGCCCGUAAUUUAGGCAAAGACGAUGGUGUUUGGAUUGCCAUACGUACUCGCAUGGUGGCCCAGACUAUGGAGAAAUUAGCGGGCAGUGUUCCACUGAAUGUUUCCACGAUGGCCGUGUCACAUGUCACGAAACUGCCAUAUAUUGGUGAGCCCAAAGAUGAUAUUAUCCGAACACAUGAGAUUUUCUAUAAGGCAAUACCGGAACCCACACCAGUGCCGGAUGUGGUACCAUUGUGGGUGGUUGUGUUGGCGGCGUGUGCUGGUGCUUUGAUUUUGUUGCUGCUGAUAUUCCUGCUUUAUAAGUGUGGUUUCUUCAAUCGUAAUCGUCCCACCGAUCACUCAAUGGAACGUCAACCCUUACGUAACGGUUAUCAUGCCGAUGAGCAUCUGUAAAUGAUGAGCCAGCAAAGAGUGCUUUCAUAUUCAGCUUAUAGAGAAAACUCUAAGAGUUUCUCUAGUAAAAAUAAAUUGCCUUUUUAACACUAGUAAUAGAAAGAACAUUUUGGAAAUACAAGAACGCAAACGAGAGAUUACAACAGAACCAAAAUCAACAAUUUAACUCUUUUAUAAAAAGUUUUAAACAAAUUAUACUCUUACUAAAAACCCCCCGCUACAGUUUACACUGAAAGAAAGUUCUUGUUAUAAAAUAAUUUUGUGUUUUUUUUUAACAAACUAACGGCUCCUAGUCACCAAAAAAAAAAAAUAGAAACAUAAUAAUAAAAAAGGAAAAGAAACGAUAAAUUUGCCAUAAAAAAACGAACGAUUUCUUAUAAAAUAAAUAAUAAAACAAUAAUUAUUAUUAAUAAAAUGGAAGAGCAAGAAAAUAUUUUUCAAAUUGUUAAAACAAAAACUAAAAAAAUAAUGAAAUUAUUUAAUAGAUUAAGUAAACCUGUUGAGAAUUAUAAGAAGAAACAUAAAAGUGCUAAACAAUUUUAAACUAUUUAUAUACAAUUUAAACUAAAAACUAAACUAAUAUUUAAACAAAAAAAACUAAUUUUAUAAAAAAAAAUCUAAAUGAAACUACUGAAAAUCAUUUUAACAAGAAUCUAAAAAUACUAAAUCAAAAUCAAAUAUUUAAAGAAUUUUUUCUUAAUUUAUAAGCAAUUAUAUCUGCCACAGUGUGUGAGUGAAAAAAAGAGAGUGAACGAGUUAGCAUGAGAGUGUUUGUUUUAUAAUUUUUAACGAUUUUUUAAUGUAUAUUUUUAGUCCUGUUUUUUUUUAAGAAUGUAUGAUCUUUGUGAAUGUAUGAAUGAGUAUUUAAAUUAUAAAUAAUUUUAUAAAAACAUAAAAAAACACUUAUUUGUUUAUUAAUUAAUUUUUAAUUAUUAUUAACCCUCAAUUAAUUUUCUUCUGUCUGCUAUUAAUUUUUAAACUUGUGUAAAUAAACUUUAAGUCAGAAAUAAGAUUUCCC